UUUUCCCACUUGACGCAACUUCCUGAAAGAUUGACAGCUUGUGUCGCUCCUGUUCAUUUGUGGAAGAAGCGAUAGCUCCAGCCGUGUGAGGAGAGAAUAAGACCCACGUCGCCACCUUUUCCCCCUGGAUAUACUUUUGUUCUUUUCUGCAAGUUUCCAAGAGGAGACUGGGUUUGGACGUCACACGGACCUGCGGGGUAUGAAAGUGAGGCGGGCGCCCCAAACAAAGUAGAAGAGGAGGUAGCCCCGCACGUUUGAUGGCUGCUGGGGAUGGAGCCCAGCUGCCGGCCACAGUAGCGGCCAGCCGGUGCGUGGAGAAGGCUCUGGAGGAGGCUGCCGCGAGCGGAGCUCUCAACUUGUCCAACCGAAAACUGAAGGAGUUUCCCCGCAGCGCCAGGAACUACGACCUGUCCGACAUCACCCACGCAGAUCUGUCCAAGAACCGUCUGUGUGAACUUCCUGAGGAGCUCUGUCAGUUCAUCUCUCUGGAGACUCUGAGCCUUUACCACAAUGGGAUGCGUUCACUGUCCUCCAGCCUGGGCAACCUGCAGGCCCUCACCUACCUCAACCUCAGUCGUAAUCUCCUGUCCAGUUUACCCUCGUCGGUGUUCCAGCUUCCCCUCCUGCGAGUGCUCAUCGUCAGCAACAACAAGCUCUCUUCGCUGCCCUCCUCCAUAUACGCCCUCAUCCAUCUCCGACAGCUGGAUGUCAGCUGUAACGAGCUGCAGCUUCUACCGUCAGAGCUCGGUCAGCUGGAGUGUCUGAGGGACUUAAACCUGCGGAGGAACCGGCUCACCACGUUGCCUGAAGAAAUAUCUGAGCUCCCGCUCGUCCGGCUCGAUGUGUCCUGCAACCGAAUUUCCCACGUGCCUUUGUGCUAUCGUCACCUGCGACAUCUGCAGAGCAUCACACUGGACAACAACCCCCUGCAAAUGCCGCCUGCACAGAUCUGCUCCAAAGGCAAAUAUCACAUCUUUAAGUACCUGAACAUGGAGGCUUGCAAGAGGAGCCAAGAGCAUCUGGAGAAACACCUGAGGCCCAGCGGGUUCAACAGCUGCCUGUUGGACCAGGAUAUGUUCGGAGGGCUGGACUCGGGCUUCAACAGCGUGGAUAGCGGCAGCAAACGAUGGUCUGGGAAUGAGUCAGCAGAUGACUUCUCAGAGCGCUCUCUUCGUAUAGCUGAAGUCAGCAGGGACCAGAGGAAUCUGGAGGAGGAAGAGGAGGAUAGAUCUCUGGAGGCCAACAAUGUGAACGGAGAGGCUGACCAGGUGGACUUCAUCGACAGUGUGACGGAGGAAGAGGAGGAGGAGGCGAUCAGGAUAGAGCCGCCCACUCCUCCUCUAACAGCUCCCCAUCUGGAACAGAAGACGUCUUCAUCAUCUUCAUCACAAACCCAGGACUCGACAACAUGCAGAUCCAGCCUCCACGUGGAGGUGGGCUCCCACUCGUCCGCCUCCUCAUCCCCUCUGUCUCCAUCCAGCCCCACGCUGGAGGAGAAGAAGAGACCCGGCACCCUGUUGAUCUGGCAGGAGAGAGAACGCCAGCAGCAGCAGCAGCAGAGGGAGAAACCCAGUUUCAUGAAGUCACACACCAAAACAGGAAGUCACAUGACCAACUCACCACCAACAGGAAGUAGCUCAUGUGGCGCUUCACCAGAAAACAGCAGCAAUGCAGGCCUGCGCCAGAGAUGUGCGAGCGCCGACCAGAUGACCGGUGGGUCUCCAUCUCUGCUUCUGCACCGCUCCAACAGCCGGACAGACGUGCCGUCCUCCCCGAAGACGUCCCCUCCUCCGGGUCCGGCCCAGAAACCAAAUAGCUUCCUGUUCAGGACCUCAUCCCGAAGCAACGUCAAGCCCACAGGGGUCAGCUUCACGCUGGGCGAGUCCGGCAGAAGCGAGUCCAGGACGACGCUGCGCUCGCCGAAAGAGGAGAGACCGGACAUAACGCAGCUACGCAAGACGCUGGAGUCCCGGCUGAAGGUUAGUCUUCCGGAAGACCUGGGUGAGGCUCUGUCCAACGGGACCGUCCUCUGCCAGCUGGUCAACCACAUCCGGCCGCGCUCCGUCUCCAUCAUCCACGUUCCCUCGCCGGCAGUGCCCAAACUGAGCUCGGCGAAGUCUCGUCUGAAUGUUGAAAACUUUAUCGCUGCGUGUCGUAGGCUGGGAGUCUCGGAGACUGAAGUGUGUGUGAGCUCUGAUGUGCUUCUCUGUAAGCUUCCAGCUGUGCUGCGCUGCGUGGCAGCCCUGCUGGCUCUGGAGGUGGGGGACACGGCGGAGGACCGCCCCCCCCAGCACUCCUCGCCUCCGUCCUCUUCCUCGCUGCUGUCCACAGACUUCCUGCUGUUUUACUGUGCCGCCAUGGCUCUGCUCUACGUCGUCUACUGCUACCUGCUCACAUAAAGCUGCUCAGAUGUUAAACACACCCACGUUCCUCAGCUGCUUCCAGCUGCAAGAAGGAAGCCAUGGAGCCGAGCUGCUCGCCAACAAAGCUGUUCACCAAAAUGACUGAAACAAAGAUGGAGGAGGUCAUGUGCUCACAGCUCCAUGCUGCUUUCUUUCUCAUUUUCCAGAGUGGUUAAAGUUUCUUUUCCCUCUUUUCUCUGUGGUUAUUUGGAAAACUUUCCAGCUGCAGGUUGUUUAUCGUUUUAUUUCCAGAAAGUCGCGUCACUAAGCUGGUUUAGGGUUGAUUGCUGCACAGGAAGUGACAUGUUGAGUCAGAGGAACGCCGGGCGGAAGCGGAGAGGGAAUGACUAAAUGAAAAAACAAGCAGACAGCAGACAUGUUUUUAAUCCUCUGUCCAUCUGCAGGUCUGCUUGACAUUUUAUUGGCUUUGGGAGUGAUGCAGUUUAACUGGUUUUAAGCAGCUGGAUUCCUCCUCAGGAUCCGGUCUGUUUGUUGGAUAAGCUCCCAGACUCAUCUGUGAAUGUGAUUCUUUAGUUUUUAGCCUUGAGACGGAUGUAAGUAAAGUUCACGUCAGAGGAAAAGUGAUGUUGGGUGAUGCUUGGUAAGAGUGCCUGAUUUAAUUAUGCUGUUCCUUCAUAAAGCAGCAGGGGGCGAUGUCGCUGCAUCCACCCCAAACAGACGGUACAAACUCCUCCAUGAGGUCAAGUUUUUUUCUCUGCAAACCCACUGGCUUUGCUUGUAUAAAUGUACACAGUUUAUUAAAUUAUUGUUUGUUUUUAUUUUUAUUUAUUCUGGUUCUGUUUGUGCUGAUUUGAUCAAAUAUUCAAACAACCUCUUCAAGGGUUGUAAAAUUGAUCCAGGUCCUUUAAAUCUCACACAGCUAAAUGAGAUGAGAUCAAUAUGUAAUUAUUAAAACAACAGUGAGCGUUCAGGUUUAACGUCGGUGCAGUUUCUGCUCCAUGUCCUCGGAUCUCAUUACUACACUGGUAUCACUGAUAGCUGGUGUUAAUGCUCCACUACUAAAGCCUUUAAAUCCAGAAAUUUCCACAUUUCUGAAGCUUAUUUUCUUCAGGCUUCAGUAAAAAGAGUGAAAAUUAAUCAACAUUUGUGUUUUAGACUGAACUGAGAUCAAUAACUUAUUUUCAGAAAGUAAACUUGUUCUGAAACAUUUAUUUGUGAUGCCACCUCUGCAGCUGCUAACACACUUAGCCUGUUAGCUAACGACAUACCUAGCCUGUCAGCGAACAUCAAACCUAGUUUGUAAGCUAACAACAGUCUUAGCCUGUCAGCUAACAACACACUUAGGCUGUCAGCUAACGACACACCUGGUCUGUCAGCUAACAACAGCCUUAGCCUGUCAGCUAACGUCACACUUAGCCUGUCAGCUAACGUCACACUUAGCCUGUCAGCUAACGUCACACUUAGCCUGUCAGCUAACGUCACACUUAGCCUGUCAGCUAACGUCACACUUAGCCUGUCAGCUAACGUCACACUUAACCUGUCAGCUAACGUCACACUUAGCCUGUCAGCUAACGUCACACUUAGCCUGUCAGCUAACAUCACACCUAGCUUGUCAGCUUUUCAGUAUAUUCUCAAUGAUUUAAUAUUAAACACGUUUGACCAAAACUUGCCAAAUCAAGCUCAAAACAAGAGUAAGUACCAGAAUCAGCUGUUUGAUCUGGCCGGUUUUUCCUUAUGCCUAAUCCACGUACUGAACUCUGCUGCCCAUCCCACAAAUGUGUUUUCCCUAGGAAUAAACUGACUUUCCAACAGUAUGGUAGUUAUUACCAAGAAGCGUUGUUGGAACAAGGAAAUAAUCCACCAAACACGAGUUUACUAAGUUUUUAUUUCUGACACAAUCAGCUUUUUGCCUCCCAUUUCUGUUGUUUUCUGAAGGUCCACUGUACAAACGCGCCUCCCAGCGUCUCCUUUUUGACAUUUUUAUAUUAUUAGCCUGCUGUUAAGGUAAAUUUUAUACAGUUUCAAUUUAAAUGUAUAUUUUAUAAGUGAAACUGGAGAAACGUCACACAGUAAUUCAUUCACUGACACAAACCGAGUUAUAUUCCUAAAUAUGUUAGUGGAACAGAAAUACUGUUGUAUUCUAUAUUUAUAUAACACUCUUGUACCAUUCAGAAUCGUUUUUUGACUCUAUAUAAAAUCUUUAUGUGAAGUUCUUUUUCUUCCUGCUGUAAAGAAUUUAUUAAAAAAGAAACUUGGACCAUGAGCUAUUUUUCUGUACCUGCCUGCUGUUGUGCUUUUGCCUAAUCAGCAAAGAAAUGUGUGUGCUCAGGGUAUCUGCAGUCACCUCCACCUCUUAUUGAGGAGGAAAAGUAAACUCAAGGUCUUUUAUUAGCUUUUCAUGGUGCCUCCAUCAGCACCGAACACAGAUGAAACCCAGCAAAGAAAUUCAAUUACUAUUUAUUUCAUCACGUAAAGACAAAUCUAACAAGGUUGCUGCUGAUAUUCUCCAGUUUUCAUACAGCCUGCGUUUGUCAGGUCUCACACUGCAGAGGCAAUCGAACAACAAAUGUAUACUUCUUAUCCUGCUGGGAGUACUCGUCCUUGAACGCCUCAUCUCUCAUAAAGCCAAACAAACAGCUCCUGGUGAAACACGAAUGUCACCUUCUUUAGAUUUAUGUUGCAUCAUUUGGGUCCUUAAAACGAGUUUAUUAUUCUCCUCUUUUGUCGACAACUCCUUCAUAUUUACCCUUCCCAUCCAAUUUAUUAGUUCCACCUUCCUAGUUCUGGUUUGGACCCCGUUUCCCCUUCAGAGCUACCUUAAUUCUUUUAUUAGCUUUAUGUAAAAUAAGUAAAAACAAUACAUUUGCAGUCCAAACUGAUCAUUGAACCAAUGCUUCAUGAUUUACUGCUAAUACAGUGUAAAGAGAGAAGAUGCUGACGUGAUUCUGCAGGCCGAACCGAGGUAUAUUUGCUGUAUUUGGUGUGACACACUGAGGAGGAUGAGAUUUGUGCCUCAUCCAAAGUGUUGUCAACAGCACUGUUUUGGUUUUAAAUCGAUAGAACCAGCAGAAGUUAUUCGAUUUUCACGCUCCAUCAGGGCUUAGCUUGGGGCUGGAGCCACAUAAAGGUGAGGAAGCUGAUAAAAAGUGCUGCUUUAGACAACAAGAUCCGGAAAAACAUCAGACAUGUUGCUCAGUAGCACGCUGCGACCUGACAAAACUGCUUCUCUAGCCUUGAUUUGCACUCCACAACACAUUUGAAGCUGUGUAAUGAGGCGGAUGUGUGAGUGGGCUGCAGAUACCCUGAAGUGAAUCGUCCCUGCCCUGUGCUUUAACCUCUGAACGCUCCUCUGUGAUUCUCCAAACAGUAGGUUACCCAUCAUGACUUUCUGCCGGCCAUUGUUGGAGCAGGUGAGUGUGCUGAGCCAAGGUCGGAGAAAAGGUUGAAAUCAGCCUUGAGGUUUGUUCAGACACUCAAUAAACUGCUGCCGUCUCUGCAUCAUUCUGCUGCUGCUUACACGUUGCUGCAGAUGGAGGACGUCCAGUCCAGCUCCAGAGUUUACGCUUCACCUGUUAAUCAGCUGAUCAUAAACAUAUUUAAUGAUAACAAAUGUUCUGUUCUCCAGUAACAUGAAAAGCUUGAGUGUAUUAAGUGAAAUUGCUCUCAUAACUGUUAUACAUGUAUAAAACUAUUAGUAACUGGGAGCCUGUAAAUGUGACUGAAUAUACACAAAUAUGUACGUAUAAAUGCAUGCGCACACAUGGCCUGGCACAGAUCAGCUUGCAUGUGGAGCUUACAGACCUCACAAGCCCUCGCAUGCUGUGUUUAAGUGCUGGAGGAAAGCUGGGUCAUCUGGAUUUCAGUGCCAUUUCUCUAUAAUUAAAUGGGAAGUGGUUUCUAUGGAGACAGAAUUGCUCAUCACCUGUUGACAUGGUGUACAGUCAGCUGUUUCGUUGAUGCACCUGAGGCAGAGAGAUUAACCUGUGACAUCUGAUGUGUCCAUUUACACCUGAACCAAGGUGAGACUCAACUUUUAAAUGGGUUCUACAAUCAAUAUCAUUCAAGUCAGUUUAAUCUAUAAAAUACCAGUUCACAAUAAAACUCCAGCUCAUUGUAGUCCAGUUAUAAUACAGUUAAAGACAAAUCCAUCAUAUGAUCCACAUAAACCAGUUUAUAUAAUAAUGACCUAGCUACGGAAACACUUCAUCAGAACCAGGAAGGAAACUAUCCAUCGGAACCAGAACGGACGUCCAUCCUCCUGGACCAGUUGGGGGUGGAGAGGACAGGAAAGAGUGUUCAACAAGCAGCAAAACUCUAAUCCAGGGAUUCCUGCUGAAGAAGAAGAAGAAAGAAAAACACAAAUGAAUGACAAAAACAAUGUUGGAUGUUUCUACAUGGAGAGUAAAGAGAUCAGAGGGUUGAAAAGAGAACUGGUCCCACACUGCUGUUGGAUGCAUCCCAAAAGGAGCCCUUUGUGAUUCUAGGUCAAUGAAAGGUGCUAUAUACAUUUCUUCUCAUCAACCCCUUAACACCUGAAUUUAUUUACAAUCAUAUACAAACAAAAAUACAUUUAAAAACAAAAGAAGAGACUGGGAUAAAAUAAAAUUUAACAUGCAACAACAUGCAUCAAAACAUUCAAGUUAUUUUACAUGUUUAAAUUAUCUGACAUUUGUUUGGAUUCAACAAAAAUAAGCCAAUAUCCAAAGUUACAUACAAAUUAUUUUACACAUUUAUGAAUCAAAAGAUGUAUUAAGAGGCAGGAGACAAAUUUCACUCAAUAUACUUAAUGAUUAUUGGUGGUGUCAUAGGACAAGAUUUUUUUAUUUUUGUGCAUGUGUAAUAUAAUUUCCUACUCAACAUCUAAAUAAUCUGAAAUUAUUUCAUACACACAAUCGAAUCUCUCUUAGCGCCCCCGGGCGGUCCCAUGGCUCCAUUAUUAAACUGGUAAAAAUACCAGGAUUUCCUACAUCUGCUGAUGUUGGGAAACCAGUUGAUUCUGGUGGUAUCCAGUAAAAAUGUUAAAUAUCAUUACUUUUCUUCCAAAUGAAAUGCUGACAUUAAAGAAUUUAUGGUUUAAAACUGGAAUCACUGUGAGAUUAAAAUAUUUAGUUUUAAUGGAAGUCAAUGGGACAUUUUUGGCCACGAAGGUCCCAAGAGGGAGUAUUUGAUACUACAUAAAAAAUAUGAACUCAAUCAAAUCGAUUUAGCUGCUAAUCUUUGACAUAUUCAACACUUUAAUCACAUUCAAAGAUCUGUCCCCCAGAUACGUAUUACAUA